AGGAGGAGCAAAAGAGAGGAGGGGAGAUUUGGGGAAACACGAGUCAGAAGCAGAGUGGGUGUGAGAGCAGCAAUACUGUAGGGCAAGGGAGAGAUAAGAGGGUGGGGGGCGCAAAUUUGGUUUGGCUUCUCAGUUCGCACAUCACACUGCCUGCACCUCCAGCUCCUUAUCUGCAGGAUGAGUUCGUUCAGUACGAGAGCGCUCACACUUCUCUCGUCUGUCUUUGGAGCAAGUGGGCUGCUGCUGGUGGGCGUGGCCGUAUCAACAGACUACUGGCUGCUGAUGGAGGAAGGAAUCGUUCUGCAGCAGAACCAAACCAUGGAGGUCAAAAUGGCGCUUCAUUCUGGCCUGUGGAGAGUCUGUUUUGUCGCAGGACCUGAGAAAGGCAGAUGUGUGGCAUCAGAAUAUUUUACUGAACCAGAAAUAGAGAUCACGACAGAAAACACAGCCAACAUACUAAAAAUGGUCCGAACUGCUACUCCGUUCCCCAUGGUCUCAUUGCUCUUCGUCUUCACCGCCUUUGUCAUCAGCAACAUUGGGCACAUCCGGCCACAGCGAACCAUUCUGGCCUUCGUUUCCGGGAUCUUCUUUAUACUAUCAGGUCUCAGUCUGGUGGUGGGUUUGGUUUUAUACAUUUCAAGCAUUAAUGAUGAAGUGAUGAACCGACCAAGAGAGGCAGAGCAGUUCUUUCACUACCACUAUGGCUGGUCCUUUGCUUUUGCUGCUUCAUCCUUUCUACUUAAAGAGGGUGCAGGAGUGAUGUCUGUCUACCUCUUUAUGAAGCGUUACGCAGAGGAGGAGCUCUACCGCCCCCACCCUGCGCUCUACCGCCCCCGCAUGUCUGAUUGCAGCGACUACAGUGGCCAGUACCUUCAUCCAGACUCCUGGGCUCCACCGCAGCGGGGCCGAAGUCCCUCUGAUGUGUCUUCUGAUAUCUCCAUCCAGCUCAACCAAACCCCACCACAGCAGCAAACUCUAACACGAGGCAGUAGCUCCCAGGCAACACCUUCUUCAUCUGGGCCUUCAUCGGCUGCCAGCUACCAGCUUCAUCCUGCGUCUUCCUCCUCUACUUCCUCCUCAUAUCCACACCACCUUCACCCAGGUGCCACCUCUACCCUAUCCAGGGUGCCACAUGCUCUCGCCCACUCCCAGUCCCAUUCCCAUCCGAGUGGGCCCCCACCUCAGUCCCUGCCCAUGGUAGCACCUCCCUCUGCCGUGCCUCCUCCACACUACCACACACACACACGAAUGAGUGCCUCCCCGUGCUAAGCUAAGGGAGCAUGGAAGGGACGGGGUGGGGGGUGAUUGAAAAUACAGCUGGGUAAGGGGGAGUAAGUUGCCUGUUCUCCAUGUGCUCUUAAAGCUCACACCAGAUGCACACAGACAUUAAUCCUGUACCCUUAAGGUGUGUGGGAGGAUGGAUACAACGGAGUAGCCGAAAGAAGGAGGUUCAAGGAGCUGAAAACAAAGAGGGGAGAGGAGGAAAGAGGAGAAGCAGGUGGGCGAAGGGAUGACUCACCAUAAUGCUGAGCCCAAGAUGAAGACAGACACUUGACAAAAUUUUGACACGCUGGGAGGAAACGUACAACUGGAGGAGUGAGGAAUACGAUGAUAAGUAGCAACAAAGCCACUUGUGGGGUUUUCUCAAGAUCAUUAAGGCCAUGAUACAAAGGCAACUCUGAGAAGCUGAAAAAGAAUUUACACAAUGCUGUUUUAUGUGAAAACAA